AUGGCUCAGAAACGCGGUGUUCACAACACUCUCGCCUCCAUGAUUUUGGGCGAGAUUCCCGCCUUCCCCCUACCUCCUCUGCCUCCCAUCACCGAUCCCGUUCUUUCGCGCACAGCUCUUACCCACCCGAGCCUGCACCAAAACCACCGCCGACCGUUUGACCUCGAAGGAGCCGACCGUCCAGAGGACUACGAAAAGCUUGAGCAUGUCGGAGACGCUCUGCUUGGUAGCGUCGUCACCCUCCUUCUGCAUGAUCUGCACCCUGACCUCGACCCUGGCGCUGCCACAUCGCUGCUCGUGUCGAACGAAACGCUGGCCGAGCUCUGCCAACGCUAUCACCUUCACGACAACUUUAUUGGUGCGCCAGCCGCACUCCCAACGAUCCGUGCGGCCGUCGGUACACGUGCGUGCCUGUUCGAAGCCUACAUUGCGGCUGUGUACUACGAUUUUCUGACCAGCGAGCGCCCGGGCCUGUACCCCUCCGGGUCUCAGUCCACUGCGCCAUCGAUCACGGGCGCGACAAUUGGGAGCGACGUCGGCGACGAUGGCGAUGCGGCCUUCGGCGACGAUGGCGCGGAAGAGCGUUCGCAAACCCCUACGCCUACGGAGCCACCUGAAACGCCCACAGGUCUGGAGGACCUUAGCAUUUCUGGGAACAAGACCCCUCCUGCACGCCCUGGAUCCGCCGCGCCAAGCGCGACAUCGAGCGCGGCGGUGCCAUCGGCCUACGUGCACGUCGCGAGUGAUGCGGAGCUUCCACCCCUCGUGCCGCGCUACAAGCGCACGCGCGGCAUGGCCGUCGACUAUCUCGAGUCGUGGCUCCGUCCUCUCUUCACGCCGGUCGCCGAAGUCGGCCUGCAGAGUAUGCGCGCCAAGUGGCGCGAGUACCAGGCUUCAGGUGCUGCGGAGGACGGGGACCUCGACGCGCGCGCCAUCGGUGCCCUCUCCGCACUGAACCAGUUCACGAACGCAAAGUGGGCUUGCAUGCCUCGCUACAAGGACGCCGGGGCCACGGAGAGUGGGGGAUGGAAGUUUGAGGGCGAAGUCACGAGUCCCGAGGGCAAGACAUACGCGGCAACGGCUGUCAGACCUAACAAGAAGUCAGCCCAAACCGUGCUUGCCUACAAGAUCGGUAAGGCCAUGCAGGCCGAUGGGCACAAUGUUGGUCUUGCGUGA